UUGCUUCUCAAAGAACAAUCUUUUAUCUGUGAUUGAUCAAAACAAAAACAAAAAAUGUCUCAGUUUGCUUUUCAUGCAUUUCUGAGUUUGGCAACAAAAAUAGGCAAGUCUUUUGGAAAUCAUCUUCAUUCAGCUUUAUCAAAUGCUGGUAUUCGCGCAUUCAGUGUUGAUGAACUUGAUAUAGAUGAAAAAGGGUGCAAAGAAUUGCAGAAAACAAUUCAAGAAUCAAGAAUUCUCAUUGUUGUUUUGUCAAAAUACUAUACCUCUUCAGAGAGGUGCCUUGAUGAACUUGUGUUUAUACUUGAGAGCAAGAAACUUUUUGGACGUUUCGUUUUACCUGUGUUUUAUGAUGUGGAUCCAUCAGAAGUCAGGAAACAAAAAGGAAGUUUUGAACAAGAUUUUUUAAUGUAUGAGCAGAGAUAUAGAUCCGGGACCGAGGAAAGGAGACUGGAAUGGUUGCAGAAGGUGAAGGAAUGGAAGGCUUCUCUAACAGAAGUUGCUGAUUUGGGAGGAAUGGUCUUACAGAAUCGAUCUGAUGGGUGUGAGUCAAGGUUUAUUCAGGAGAUUGUGAAGGUGGUUGCAGGAAGACUAAAUCGCACAGUUUUGAGUGUAGCUCUCCACCCCGUUGGAAUAGAUUCUCGAGUUAAAGACAUAAAUCUCUGGUUGCAGGAUGGAUCAACUAGUGUUGAUAUUAUGGCUAUAUAUGGUAUGGGGGGGCUAGGUAAAUCUACCCUUGCCAAGACUGCUUAUAAUCUUAACUUUGACAAAUUUGAUGGCAGCAGCUUUCUUGCUGAUGUGAAUAAAACUUCAGAAAGAUAUGAUGGUCUGGUAAGUCUACAAAGACAACUUCUUUCAAAUGUUCUAGGGAAGAAGGUUGAAAAGAUAUACAAUGUCGAUGAAGGAGUCAUCAAGAUUCAAGAGGCCAUCCAUUGCAGAAGAAUUCUUCUUGUUCUCGAUGAUGUGGAUGAUCGAGAUCAGCUAAAUGCGGUUCUUGGGAUGCGAGAAUGGUUUUAUCCAGGUAGUAAAAUAAUCAUAACAACCAGAAAUCAGCACCUGUUUGAUGCUAGUGAGGUCUGCAGUUGUAAGAUGUAUAAGGUCAUGCCAUUGAAUGCUCAAGAAUCGAUUCGACUCUUCAGCUGGCAUGCUUUUGGAAAAGAAAAACCUUCAGAAGAUCAUGAGGACCUUUCAGAAAAGGUGAUACUUCAUUGUAAAGGGACUCCUUUGGCUCUCAAAGUUUUAGGUUCUUCUCUUUGUGACAGAAGUAUAGAGGUGUGGGAGAGUGCAUUAAGGAAGUUAAAGGCAAUCCCUGACAAUAAGAUCUUGGAAAAACUUAGAAUCAGCUACGAUUUGCUGCCAGAUGAUGAUGAUGUACAGAAAAUAUUCCUUGAUAUUGUCUGUUUCUUUGUGGGAAAGGAUAGAGACUAUGCAGUAACUAUACUCGAUGGAUGUGGUUUUUUCUCAGUAGUAGGAAUUCAGAUUCUGUCAGAUAGAUGUCUGAUAGAAAUGGACAAGGAUAAGCUGAAAGUGCAUUCAUUGAUUCAAGAUAUGGGAAGAGAAAUUAUCCGCCUAGAAUCCCCUUGGGAGCCUCGGAAAAGAAGCAGAGUUUGGCGAUACAGAGAUUCCUUCAAUAUAUUGAGUACAAAAACUGGAACUGAAAAUAUUGAAGGUCUGGUUCUUGACAAGGGAAUGUCUAACAAAUUGUCCAAAGCAGUCAAAUCUAUCAGAUCGUAUUUCUUCAGUGAAGAUGCUGGUCCGAUAGGUCAUGGCUAUCCAAGAAAACGCCGCAAGCAUUUGGAACAUUUUGAUGAUGCCAGCACAGAAGGUUCAGACAGUAUAGAAUUUGAAGCUGAUGCAUUUUCCAGAAUGCAGAGGCUGAGGAUUCUCCAGCUUAGUUAUGUAAGCUUAACUGGAUUCUAUAGUUUGUUUCCGAAAGGUCUAAGAUUACUAUGUUGGUCUGGAUUUCAUAUGAAGAUCAUCCCUGAGGAUCUCCCUAUAGAGAGCCUGGUUGCCCUUGAAAUGAAAAAAAGUUAUUUGGAAAAAGCCUGGGAGGGAAUUAAGAUUCUUAGAUCAUUAAAGAUCCUCAACAUUAGUCAUUCCCAUUUUCUAAAAAGAACUCCUGAUUUUUCUGGACUUCCCCAUCUGAAAACAUUGAUCCUGAAAGACUGCAUUAAGUUGGUCAAGAUUCAUGAAUCAAUUGGAUGCCUUGACGGACUUGUCUAUCUGAACUUGAGAGACUGCAAGAAUCUAAGGAAACUCCCUGGAAGCUUUUGUAAGCUCAAAUCCUUAGAAAAACUUAUUAUCUCUGGCUGUUCUAGACUAGUUACGUCAGCAAUAGAGCUAGGCAAGUUAGAAUCUUUGACAACCCUGCAGGCUGAUGGAAUGAAUUUUGGACAGCUAGCCCCGGUGGGUGGUAACAUGAAUUCAUGGAGUGCCCUCUGGAAAACUUGGUCAUCAAAGUUGAGAAGAUCCCCAGGCUCUAACCAGUUUUCGUUCUCUUCUUUAUCAAGUUCGCUCGUCAGCUUAAGUCUUUCUAGUUGCAACUUAACAGACGAUGCUCUAUCCUUCGGCCUCAGCAACCUUCCCUCAUUAUGCUUCUUGAAUCUAAGUGAAAACUUGAUUUAUAACCUGCCUCAGAGUAUCAAAAAUCUUGGUAAGCUCCAAGACCUUUGGUUAGAUGGAUGUCAAAGCCUCCUAUCUCUGCCAGAGCUUCCGUCAAGCCUUGUUAAGCUAAAGGCAGUUAGAUGCUCAUCACUGGAAACAGUCACAAAUCUACCAAACCUAAUGACAACUCUCUUUUUAGAUGUCAUGGAAAGUGAGAGCUUAACUGAGAUUUCAGGAAUUUUCAAGCUAAAGCCCAUUGAUAAUUUUGAAGUGGAAAUAUUGAAUGCUCUACGCCUUCUUCUCAACCUAGAUAACACAUUCGAUACAGUGGUGGAAAUAUUUAAUAGGUUCACCAAAACAAAAAGGAUGUAUUCAGUACAGCAGGGACUCUAUGAAUUUGGAAUCUUCAGUACUUAUUUUCCAGGAAAUGAGGUUCCAAGUUGGUUCAGCAACAAAAGUGAACAGAGAUUGUUGACAUUGUAUGUGGAUUCACUUCCUAAUAUCAAGAUAACAGGACUGCUUAUUUGCAUUGUCUAUGCACGUUCUAGUCCUCGUAUAUUUCGCUAUUUUAGUGAAUUCGGGGGAUCUCAUACAAUUGACAUCAAAGUCCAAAACAUAACACAGGGUCUUAAGUGGAUUUAUGCUCCAUCAUUCAUUGGCAUUCCAGGAGAGAACAACAAGUUGACAUUUUUAUGCCACUGGAAGUUUGGCAAGUAUUUACAAACAGGUGAUCAGAUUAAUGUUUCAUUGCCUUGUUGGGGUAAAACUUUCAAGAUGAAAGAGUUUGGAGCUACACUUGCUUAUAACAAUCCAGAUUUAGACCAGUCCUCAGCAUCUACUAGUGAAACAAGAGUGCUUGCAACGCGACAUACUCCACUUAGUGAUUAUCAAUCUGAAGAAAGUGUCAUGGAAGGCUUCAUGCCUUUAUAUCAGUUGGCGGUUCAUCAUUACUAUCUUUCUCACCCUGAGUACUUUGUGAUGCGUGACAAUGCAGAUUUCGUUGUGAGGUCAAUCUUGAACGAGAAAUUGUUUGAGGAUUAUGAUGUGCAGAUUGCAGGUUCAGGGGAAGAAGAAGAGGAUGAUGAUGAUAGCAUCUUCGAUUAUGACGAGGAUGAAGGCGAAGAGGCUGCACUAGCAGAGCUCGAGGAGCUGUUGGAAAGAUCUUGGUGAAGGAAAUGAAACAAUGGUGCAGCAGUUUUAACCUAAGUUGCUCGGACUCUCCAAAUAUAUUGUCGCACUCGUGUCAGAUCC